CACACAACACCGACGACACGGUGUGCGUCCGACGCUGGGGUUCGACAUGUUUCAUCGACGAUGUGGUCGCCGUAUCAUCCUCAGCAACAACAAUCGCACCGCAACGCGCAACUCGUCCGAGUACAAUCACGGGUUGGUAUUUAGCGCCGAGCCACUCUGGGACGACGAGCUGUUCGAAGUCACCAUCGAUAGGAAGUUGAGAGCAUGGUGUGGCAGUAUAGAAAUUGGAGUAACAGAAUGCAAUCCAGAGACGAUGGAAAUACCAUCGUGUGCCAUAAGACUCGGUCAUGCGACCUGGAUUAUGACCGGCACUGGCAUAGCUUACGACGGCAAACGAAUCAUAGAAAUCUAUGGAACGGAUCUGAAGUCUCUGGGAGAGGGAACCACACUGGGAGUUAUGCGAACGUCUAAUCACGAACUGAUAUUCUAUAUCAAUGGUGUUUCGCAAGGUGUCGCCGUGACCAACAUUCCAGAACGUGUUUUCGCUGUUGUGGAUCUGUAUGGUAAUUGUGUACAAGUCAGCAUAUCUCACCCUAGACUUGCCGCCACUUUGUCCAACAUGCCGAAAGAGGACGCGGAGAUUAAUAAUGACUAUGUAAUAGGAGGUGAAACCUCCAGUUCCUCGACAACUAAUCUAGUCGCUAAUUUAAACGUUAAUUUAAAUGUCAAUGUGAAUGUUAAUCUACCAAAAAAUCCAAGUCCCGCCGCUAUUAGAGAGGACAGGUUGAGGUUUCACGAGAGAGUCGGGUCGUUGGUGAAAUUAUCCAAUAACGCCAGAACUGCCGAGAGACGGAGACCCCUGGACGAGUUCAACAAUGGCGUCGUGAUGACUCACAGACCGUUACGGGACAAUGAACUGUUUGAAAUACGAAUAGACCGACUGGUUUACAAAUGGUCGGGGAGUAUAGAGGUCGGAGUCACUACUCACAGUCCUACGGCGUUAGAAUUUCCCGCAACGAUGACCAAUAUGCGCUCCGGUACAACGAUGAUGUCUGGCUGUGGUAUUCUAACGAAUGGCAAAGGCACGCAACGGGAAUACGGGGAAUUCAACUUGGACGAACUGAGGGAAGGAGAUCGCGUGGGAAUGGUUAGGCAGAGUAAUGGUGAUCUCCAUUAUUUAAUAAACGGUCUGGAUCAAGGUGUAGCCGCUAAGGUACCUGCCGGUGUGUGGGGCGUGAUUGAUCUUUACGGAAUGACCGUGAAAGUAACUAUUGUCGAUCGUGACGAAAGGGAGGAACAGAAUCUGGUUACCAGAAGAAACACGUUGCAGCUGCAGGGUUUGGACAGCGAAGAAACUGGAGAGGAAGAACUACCCGACAGAUUGAUGUUUCAUCCCUGUUGCGGCACACGCGCCGACGUGAUUAAUAACGGACGUACAGCGCACAGACCAAACGCCAUAGACGACUUCAAUAACGGCGUGGUGUUAACUUCGAGACCGUUGAAGCCCAACGAACUGUUUGAAGUCAGACUGGAUAAAAUCGUCACCAAGUGGGCUGGCUCUAUCGAAAUCGGAGUUACGACGCAUUCUCCGACGGAGCUGGAAUUCCCAUUUACGAUGACAAACGUUAGAUCCGGCACGUGGAUGAUGACGGGCAACGGUGUUAUGCACAACGGCACCACCAUGAUAGAUCAGUACGGACAGAAUCUUGAUCGUUUGCAAAUCGGCGAUCGCGUCGGCGUGAUGAGGAAGGACAAUGGCACACUGCACUUUUAUGUGAACGGCGCCGAUCAAGGCGCAGCCGCAAUGAAUGUGCCUGAGAGAGUUUACGGCGUGAUCGAUCUCUAUGGACAGGCCGCACAGGCUACCAUCGUCGACAAUGUGGAUUUCUACAGUCCGACUACAAAUAAUUCGAGCUUCAGCAACACGACGUUGUAUAGUGAUCUGAGAUUCCAUCAUGUGCACGGAAAGAACGCGAGGAUCACGAACAACGGUCUAACGGCGUCCAGGCCGCGAGCGCUGGCUGAAUUCAACGAGGCUAUUGUAAUUGCGAAUCGCGCGCUGCGUGACAGCGAAAUGUUUGAAGUGACGAUAGAUAAGAUGGUGUCUAGGUGGUCCGGUGCCAUAGAAGCUGGAGUAACUGUAAUAAGACCUGACGAGCUAGAGUUUCCGUCUACAAUGACGGACAUUGAUCACGAUACUUGGAUGCUCUCUGGAUCUACGGUGAUGCGCGACGGUAUUACGUUACGUAAUAAUUACGCUUGUGAUCUGGACAAAUUGUCGGAAGGUAAUCGAAUCGGGAUGAUGCGCUGUCCGGACUCUUCGUUACAUUAUUUCUUGGACGGAGUGGAUCAAGGUCCUGCUUGUACAGGUUUACCUCCGAACGUUUAUCCAGUAAUCGAUCUGUACGGUCAGUGUGCGCAGGUGACAAUCGUGUUACCUGAACGCAGAGAUCCUCUGACCCAACACUAUGUGCCAUCAGAAAACAGUAUAAGCCAACAACCGACAUCGGUGAUUCAACCUCAGGCGCAGACUGAGAUACUGCACAAGUUCCACGAGUCGGUCGGACUGAAUAUUCAAUUGAACAGCGACAGAACAGUGGCGACCAGGUGCAGAGAGUACAACAACGCCGUUCUCUUGAGCGAGGCGGCGCUAGAGAACAACGAAGUGUUCGAGAUCGCGAUUCAGGAGGUAGCGCGCGAGUGGAGCGGUUGUAUGAGGAUAGGUGUUUUGAGUAAUGAGACUGGCAACUGGCUUACGUCGAUGAAUCUCGUGCCUGGCAUGACAUCCAUUCCCGGCGACGCCUGGUACCUGACGGGUAACGAGGUGAGACACACGGGUUACGCGCUCGCUUCGAAUUACUGCACGAGUCUGGAUUGGUUGCGCGUGGGCGAUAAGAUCGGCGUGAAGCGCACGCACGAGGGCAACUUGAAAUUCUACAUAAAUGGGGAGGACAUGGGCGUAGCGGCGUCUGAUGUGCCGGAAAUGGUGUACGCGGUGAUUGAGCUCUUCGGUAGCACCGUGGCUGUGAAUAUCACGAGCAGUAAGCAACAAAAUUCUGUGAUAUCUCCCAAUGCUAGUCUGAGGCUGCAAGAUUCGUUGGAACUUUUGGUAGAUCCUGUGGCGCCGAGAAACGACGCGGGCAUGGACACGUCCAUCGACGUGUCCGAAGGAAAAUUAAUGAACGAGGCAACACUCACGCCGACACAGCCCGUUGCUGUUAAUCCCGUCGGAGACGGAGAUUGGAUUUACGAGUUUCAUGAGAAUCACGGCAGAAACAUCCAACUAGAAUCAAAAACAAUUGCUAAACGAGUGGCUAGCUAUAACCAAGGCGUUGUGAUGUCCAGUCACCCGUUAAUAAAAGGGAAGCCGUUCCAAGUGAAGAUUGAGAAAUUGAACGAACGUUGGGUGUCGGGUAUUCUCUGUGGCGUGUCCUGCAUAUCGCCAGAAAAACAGACGAGUUUCCCGUUGACUGCGCUUGGCUUCAAGAGACACUCGUGGGUCAUCUGCAGUGACUGGAUAUUUCACAACGGCACGCGGGUCAAGACGAAGUACGGUGCCGGACUGGAAAAUCUGCAGUUAAACUCCAUCGUAGGUUUGUUGAUAGAUGAAGACAGUCGAUUGCAUUUGUUUAUCAAUGGUAUUGAUCAGGGAACGGCCGCGACCGAUCUGCCGCCGUAUGUCUUCGCUGUGAUCGAUUUGUACGGACAGUGCGAGCAGGUGUCGGUCGUGGGGGUGAACGAGGAACCUUCUUACACGAAUGUCGCGAUCGACAACGCGCUCGUGACUCCCGCAGAGUGCGCGAGCGUGGAAACGGAAGACGUGGAGAAUUCACGCGAGAAGGCAGAUUUGGAGUGUCAUGAAAAAGAAAAUGCGAUGGCGGCCACGUCGUCGGAUCUCUCGUUGUCUUCGACGCCUCCAAGUGUGCCUAGCCAGUGCGACACGACCAAGGACGGCAAUCUCGAAGUCGAAUAUCCUUCCUUCAGCAGUAACAACAGUGCGAAUCUAGCGAACAAGACAAUGGGGAACAAAGUGAUGUCGAGCAUCGACAGCAACAAUUCAGACUCGGGCUCGGAGAUGAGUAACGACGGGCGUAGUGCCAGGAACAAGGUGUAUCUGGACAACGUCGACGCGCCGUUGAACAAUCAUGCCGAGAACAACUCUAUUGAGUCCCAUCACGAUGCGGAAAAUCGCGCGCUCGCGAAUGUUUUACGAAACGAUUGUACAAACGUAGAGAUAAACAACGCGACGAACAUUAAUAUACAGAAAGGCAUGGUUGCCAGCGCGAGCAACAUGACCAGUCUGAACGCGGCGAUCAUCGCGACUAACGCGAACAACGCGAUUAACGAAAGUAUAGCGUCCAAUAGUCAGGUGAAUAGCGUAAGUAGCGCGCAACAGAACAAUCUGUCGGAUCUUCCCAACAACGUUUGCUCCAGUUUUCACGAGUCGCGCGGAACGUACGUGGCUCGCGACAACGCCACGCUGACGAUCCGCGACAAUUCUCUCAGCGACAACGUAUCUCCGAGCCAGAACACGGCGGCCAAUCGGGAUGCGCAGCAGUACAACGCGUCCUCGAUAACGCUGGUGUCGUCGUUACCGUCCACUCCUCUCGGAUCCACCGUCGCGUCCUCGAAGAAAUGCGAUUAUUUAAAAGCGUGCAUGCAGUUGAAGAAGUCGCUCGUGCUGCCGGACGAGUUCUUCUCCGCCGACGAGGUGGUGUGUUAUUGCAGCGUGUGCUACAAGGUGGACGCCGACAACGCAAUCUGUAAGAAGGGCGAACCACCGGCGGAAUUUGCUAUCCCGAUUGGUUGGGCCAGGUUUCCGUUGAAGCAGAGCAUCAACGCCAAUCAGAUACCGCAAAGCACAACGGACAAGUGGCACGUCGCGUUCUACGGCAUACGUCUGGACGCGAUAAGAUUGAUCCUGGACAGAGGAGAACUUAUGACCAAAGAGCAGCUAGACGUGAGUAACUUGACGGCGGGUACAAAGAGCGAAGAUCAGAAUCCUCAGGUGUCAUUCUCGCCCAGCAUCAAGUACGCGGCGUCCGACGAAUUCACCAAGAAGUAUCCAUACAUCGAUAUGCAGUCGAACAAGAAGUUAAACGUAUCGACCGCGUUCCAAUUGCUGGUGAGGCCCGGCUCGUAUACAAUCAGUCCCGGCGACAAGGACAGCGCCGAUUCGCAGUGCGAAUCGAGCAAAUGGGCGACCAAAGAGGCCGGAGCCACGGUGAUCACAGCUCUGCUCGUUCACCUGGACGGAUUCUAAUCUGUGUCCGAAAGUGUGUUAUGCCUGACUUUUUAAACGCACCCGCAAUAUACGGAAGUGAUGUGAUUGUACAUAAUUCUGUGCCGAUCGUUUGAACGAUGCGACUGUGGUAAGAGACAUUUUGAAAAUCAGUGUUUCAAUUCCGUCGAAAUCGCGCUGUACUGUACAUUUGUUUUUUUAUGUUGAAGCUCCGCGAACGAUUCUUUAACGUACGUUUAGCCGAAUUAAGGAUUUUAUUGUCAAGAUUAUAGGAAAUAAAUUUGCAGAUUUUUUAGUUAUUUGGUUUUAGCGCGCGCUGCAGUAUUUAAUGUACAUAUAUAUGUAUGUGGAUCCUCGUGUAGUACUUAAUGCUAGUUCUUUUGUGCAAAGAAUUCAGUCUCUCCAGUUAGGAAGAAAAAAAAAACGUUCGAACAAAUUACGUUGUGACAAUUUUAUGACGCACUGUAAAGUCUCUCUAUCUUAAUUAGUAUUAAAUCUUUUAAAACACACGUACGACACACACACACACACACACACAUACACCUAACACACAUACUCGUUGCUAGACUGGCCUAGGUUAAUGCUCACGAGAACAAAUAGUAUAUGAGAUAUAUAUAUAUAUAUAUGAUACAAUUACGGCGUAUUCGCCGUCUAUGCGAAGAGAACACAAGAAAAAAAAAAAAAAAACAUAUUUUUGACGCCCUCGCUUCACCCCUAUAAAGCCAAACAUACCAAAUCUUUAUUAUAUUUCAUUAUUACAAAUGAAUUUCACGGGACACGAUUUUUUUAACGCACUUUUUCUGCAGCAUCAAUAGGAAUAAAUCGUGUAAUAUUGAUCUAUGUUGUAGAAAUAAAUAACAGGCAAUGUGCAAUUUGCGCUGUAAAACAUCA